CCCCCACCACGGCGCGGACAGCCGGUUGGGACCCAAUGGGAGGUCCGGGCGGGCGGCAAGCUAAUCUUCCCGUACAGAGUCCGCUCUUUCAGAGGUGUCGGCGAGUCCCCAGCGGCCGCAGUAGCGGGGCGCCGGGUGGAGAGGGGGCUGCGCAGGGGCGGGCGCCCUGGGACUGUGGUCCUCGCUGCACCCUAUCCGCAGCGCACCGCGGACUUCGCUGUCCCGAGUCCGCAGCGCCGGGGCAGGGAGAUCUGAGCCCGGUGUUGCCCAGGAAUCACGGAUGCGCGUCUUCGCGCCACCUCUCCCGGGCUUGUAAAGUCACCCUUCCCUCCCCACCCCCCGACCAGGUGACCUUUGGGCUCGGGGAUGGAUCCCAGGAAGAAGUUGGCGCCUGUGGGGACGAUGCCUGAACAGGAGAGACAGGUCACAGCCAAAGAGGCCAGUCGGAAAAUCUUAUCUAAACUCGCUCUGCCUGCACGGCCCUGGGGACAAUCCAUGAAGCAGAGCUUCGCCUUCGAUAAUGUCGGCUACGAAGGGGGUCUGGACAGCAUCGGCUCCUCCCCGGCCGCCACCGGUGUGGUUAACAUCCUGGGCAUGACGUGUCAUUCUUGCGUCAAGUCUAUCGAGGACAGGAUCUCCGGUCUGAAAGGCAUCGUGAACAUUAAGGUUUCUCUGGAACAAGGCAGCGCCACUGUCAAAUAUGUGCCGUCAGUCCUGAACCUGCAGCAGAUUUGCCUUCAGAUUGAGGAUAUGGGCUUUGAGGCCAGCGCUGCAGAAGGAAAGGCUGCCUCCUGGCCUUCCAGGUCCUUCCCAGCCCAGGAGGCAGUGGUCAAGCUCCGGGUAGAGGGCAUGACCUGUCAGUCCUGUGUCAGCUCCAUCGAAGGCAAGAUCCGGAAACUGCAAGGGGUUGUGAGAAUCAAAGUGUCUCUAAGCAACCAGGAGGCAGUCAUUACAUAUCAGCCUUACCUCAUUCAACCCGAAGACCUCAGGGACCACAUCUGUGACAUGGGAUUUGAAGCUACUAUCAAGAACAGGACAGCUCCCUUAAGGCUGGGACCGAUUGAUAUCAACAAGUUAGAAAGCACCAACCUAAGGAGAACAGCGGUCUCUCCUAUCCAGAAUUCCAGUCGUUUCGAGACCCUGGGGUACCAGGGGAGCCACCUGGCCACCCUCCCACUGAGAAUAGACGGGAUGCACUGCAAAUCGUGUGUUUUGAAUAUUGAAGGAAAUAUAGGGCAACUCCCAGGGGUUCAAAAUAUUCACGUGUCCUUGGAGGACAAAACCGCCCAAGUACAGUAUGACCCAUCUUGUAUCACCCCCUCCUUCCUACAGACAGCCAUCGAGGCACUACCACCCGGGAACUUUAAAGUAUCUCUCCCCGAUGGAGUAGAGGAGAAUGAGCCGGAAAGUGGCUCUUCCAGUGACCCCUCCCCUGGCUCCUCCCAGAGACACCGGGAGCAGGGCCCCGGCAGGACUGCGGUGCUUACUGUCACUGGAAUUACCCGUGCCUCGUCUGUUCAGCCCAUGGAAGACAUGCUGUCCCAGAGGAAAGGUGUGCAGCAAAUAUCCAUCUCUUUGGCAGAAGGGACUGGAGCAGUUCUGUACGAUCCCUCGAUAGUCAGCUCGGAUGAACUCCGAGCGGCUGUGGAAGACAUGGGAUUUGAGGCGUGCGUAAAUUCUGAAAACUUUACUACUAACCGUGUCAGAAACUUCAGUUCUGGGAAUUCUGUGCCACAAGCCGUGGGUGAUACACCAGGAUCUGCGCAAAACACGCCUUCUGACACUAGAGGAUUCCCCACACACCAAGGUCCUGGCCACUCAUCAGCUACCCCACCAUCUCCGGGAGCAACAGCAUCACAGAAGUGCUUUGUACAGAUCAAAGGCAUGACUUGUGCGUCCUGUGUGUCUAACAUAGAAAGGAGUCUUCAGAGACAUGCUGGUGUUCUCUCCGUGUUGGUGGCCUUGAUGUCGGGCAAGGCAGAGGUCAAGUAUGAUCCAGAGGUCAUCCAGCCUCCCAGGAUAGCUCAGCUCAUUGAGGACCUGGGCUUUGAAGCAUCGAUCAUGGAGGACAACACAGUCUCUGAAGGUGACAUCGAACUGAUUAUCACAGGGAUGACCUGUGCUUCCUGUGUCCACAACAUAGAGUCCAAGCUCACAAGGACAAAUGGUAUCAGUUACGCCUCUGUGGCCCUCGCCACCAGCAAAGCCCACGUGAAGUUUGACCCUGAAAUCAUUGGUCCCCGAGAUAUCAUCAAGAUCAUCGAGGAGAUUGGCUUUCAUGCUUCCCUGGCCCAGAGAAACCCCAACGCUCAUCACCUGGACCACAAGACGGAGAUAAAACAGUGGAAGAAAUCUUUCCUGUGUAGCCUGGUGUUUGGCAUCCCUGUCAUGGGCUUGAUGAUCUACAUGCUAAUCCCCAGCAAUACGCCCCACGAGGCGAUGGUCCUGGACCACAACAUCAUCCCAGGACUGUCCAUUCUCAAUCUCAUCUUCUUCAUCUUGUGUACCUUUGUCCAAUUCCUGGGUGGGUGGUACUUCUAUGUACAAGCCUACAAAUCGCUGAGACACAAGUCAGCCAACAUGGAUGUGCUCAUUGUGUUAGCCACAACCAUCGCCUACGCCUACUCCCUGGUCAUCCUGGUGGUCGCUGUGGCUGAGAAGGCAGAGAAGAGCCCCGUCACCUUCUUUGACACGCCCCCCAUGCUCUUCGUGUUCAUCGCCCUGGGACGGUGGCUGGAGCACGUGGCAAAGAGCAAAACGUCAGAAGCCCUUGCAAAACUCAUGUCACUCCAAGCCACAGAAGCCACAGUCGUGACCCUGGGCCAGGACAACCUAAUCCUCAGAGAGGAGCAGGUGCCCAUGGAGCUGGUGCAGCGAGGCGAUAUCAUCAAGGUUGUCCCUGGGGGCAAGUUCCCAGUGGAUGGGAAAGUCCUUGAAGGCAACACCAUGGCUGAUGAGUCCCUCAUCACAGGCGAGGCCAUGCCUGUCACUAAGAAACCCGGGAGCAUAGUGAUCGCUGGGUCCAUAAAUGCUCAUGGCUCUGUGCUUGUUAAAGCUACCCACGUGGGCAAUGACACUACUUUGGCUCAGAUUGUAAAGUUGGUGGAAGAGGCCCAGAUGUCAAAGGCUCCUAUUCAGCAGCUGGCUGACAGGUUUAGUGGCUAUUUCGUCCCGUUUAUCAUCUCCGUUUCGACCUUAACUCUGGUGGUGUGGAUCGUCAUUGGCUUCGUCGAUUACGGCGUGGUCCAGAAGUACUUCCCUAACCCUAGCAAGCAUGUCUCGCAGACAGAGGUGAUCAUCCGCUUUGCCUUCCAGACGUCCAUCACCGUGCUGUGCAUCGCCUGCCCCUGCUCCCUGGGGCUGGCCACACCCACAGCAGUUAUGGUGGGCACUGGAGUGGCUGCCCAGAAUGGGGUCCUAAUCAAAGGAGGGAAGCCUCUGGAGAUGGCGCACAAGAUAAAGACCGUUAUGUUUGACAAAACGGGCACCAUCACCCAUGGGGUCCCCAGAGUCAUGCGGUUCCUGCUGCUCGUGGACACGGCGACACUACCCCUCAGGAAGGUUCUGGCGGUGGUGGGCACUGCAGAGGCCAGCAGCGAGCACCCGUUAGGCGUGGCCGUGACUAAAUACUGCAAAGAGGAGCUUGGAACGGAGACGCUGGGAUACAGCACGGACUUCCAAGCAGUGCCAGGCUGCGGAAUUAGCUGCAAAGUUAGCAACGUGGACAGCAUCCUGGCUCACAGUGACCCGACCGCUCACCCUCCCACAGGGGAAGGUGCAGGUCCCCAGACCUUCUCUGUGCUGAUUGGAAACCGGGAAUGGAUGCGGCGCAAUGGUUUAACCAUCUCCAGUGACAUCAGUGACGCCAUGACAGAUCACGAGAUGAAAGGACAGACGGCCAUCCUGGUGGCCAUAGAUGGUGUGCUUUGCGGGAUGAUCGCCAUCGCAGAUGCAGUUAAACCGGAGGCCGCCCUGGCUAUCUACACCCUGAAAAGCAUGGGCGUGGACGUGGCCCUGAUCACAGGGGACAACCGGAAGACGGCCAGAGCCAUUGCCACUCAGGUUGGCAUCAACAAAGUCUUUGCGGAGGUACUGCCUUCUCACAAGGUGGCCAAGGUCCAGGAACUUCAGAACGAAGGGAAGAAGGUCGCCAUGGUAGGAGAUGGGGUGAACGACUCCCCGGCCUUGGCCCAGGCUGAUGUGGGCAUCGCUAUCGGGACCGGCACGGACGUUGCCAUCGAAGCAGCAGACGUGGUCCUGAUCAGAAAUGACUUAUUGGACGUGGUGGCCAGCAUUCACCUCUCCAAGAGGACUGUCCGGAGGAUCCGGGUCAAUCUGGUGCUGGCGUUGAUUUAUAACAUGGUUGGGAUUCCUAUUGCUGCAGGUGUCUUCAUGCCCAUUGGCAUCGUGCUGCAGCCGUGGAUGGGCUCAGCCGCCAUGGCCGCCUCCUCCGUGUCUGUGGUGCUCUCGUCUCUUCAGCUCAAGUGCUAUCGGAAGCCGGACCUGGAGAGAUAUGAGGCACAGGCCCAUGGCCGCAUGAAGCCUCUGAGCGCCUCCCAGGUCAGCGUGCACAUCGGCAUGGAUGAUCGGCGGCGGGACUCUCCCAGGGCCACAGCGUGGGACCAGGUCAGCUACGUGAGCCAAGUGUCUCUGUCCUCCCUGACAUCGGACAGAUUAUCUCGGCACGGUGGUACAGCAGAGGACGGUGGUGACAAAUGGUCCCUGCUCCUGAGUGACAGGGAUGAAGAACAGUGCAUCUGAGUGUUCCCGACAGCAGCCCCGGGCAGGGCAGGCCGUUGUGCCCCUUCUCGGCGAGCCCGCUCCCUGUGGUCGAGCCUGUGCCUGCACCUGCUCCCUGUGGUCGAGUCUGCGCCCGCUCCCUGUGGUCGAGCCUGCGCCCGCUCCCUGUGGUCGAGCCAGCCGGUGCAGCCUCAGCAAGCCGCAGUGGGAUGGGCGAAGCUUAUCGCCAGGCCCGAGCAUCCUGCCAGCCUUGCCGGCAGUGUGCGUGCGGUAACUUACCUGGUGUAUCUGCAGAGGUGGGCGGGGUUGCUCGGUCAGGAAGCUGCUAGGUCGGGCAGAGUGUACUGCUCUGUUCUCUGCCUGGUGUAGUUGGCAUCCUUGGUACUGGCACCGCCUGCCCUCUAUCUUCUGAGGGUAGAAUUUGUCUUGGGUAUGACGCUCUAGCUCCUGCAUAUAUGCCCGCCUAAAGGGGGCGCCCUGGUUGCAGCCCAACCCAGGAGCUACCUGGCACCCCCUCUUUACUCUGAGGAGAGAAUGCCAUCCUGCUCAGAGCCACAUUCCCAGACUCAAAACAUGCGGCUCCCAACAAGCUGGAGAGAGACCUCAGAGCCUGACCAGAGGUCAUUUUCCUAUGGAGUCCAGGUCUUUGCCUGUCGGGGCACCCCGUAUGGCCCUGCCGGAACCUGUGGUGUGUAAAGCACUGUCCCUUGGGAGGUGUCUACAUAAGGGGACCCCCUGUCACUUAGUGGGGUCCAGUGAAGUUUGUCCCAGAUGCCUAGUGUGUGCCAGGAGGGAGUUGACCCACCAUAAGAGAGUGAAGCUCUCAACAGAGAACUGUCUGCUGCUGUGGGGACAUCUAAACGAGAGACGUCCACAACCCCCCCCACCCCCCCCAGUGAAAUGCUUUUGUCAUCUAUGACUCUGAAACCGGGGUGGCAUCGGAGGGCAGGGAUGGGGCCAGCUUAACUGGGUGAGCAACUGCGCCACCCGGAGCAGACUGGCAAAAAUGGCUUAUUCUCAUUUGUGACAUUAAAAGAAAACCAACAAAAAAAACUUUAUAGGAUGUCGCUUCUCGGCCGUGGCAGUGUUAGUCCUUUUUGUGGGUUUCUCACCUCUUCCCUCCCCCCCCUUCAGUAACACGGCAGCUGUCGUCUACCUUUGAAAAUGAGGAAACAGGGUCCGAGAGCCUUCAUGUCUUCCCAGAACUCACAGCGGGUGUGCAGUUCAGAGGGCUCCGAAGGUCUUUCUGUAAUUCCGCUGCUGCCUUACAUAUCAGUUUGCUCGGUGAGAGUAAACUGGACAAGGGCCCUUGUCUCUGGACGAGCAAACGUGCCAGGAGAUAUCAGUUGCAUCAACUUAGAGUGCAGUUGGUGAUGAGGUUUCUACCCCGCACUCGGGAUGGCAGGUUUCGGUUUUGCAGGUUAGUUAGUAGUGUUUACUGAGCUUCAUCUUCUAAAACCCCGAGUACAGGGAUUCCUUGCGCUCUCAGUAUUUUCAACCUCCCCACGCCCUCUCCAGCAACUUCCUCCCACUGAGGUCACCUACCCUAUCUAUAGCUCUGUUUUGGAAUAAGGUAAUCAUUUUCUAAAGAAUUUAAUUGUAUUGAUUUUUAAAACUUCUGAGCAUCAUGUUCACAUGUAGACAUGAAAAUAUUUAUAUAAUUGUACGAAUAAAUAAAUAAUAAAUUAAUAACUUUUUAGA